AUGUUAGCCGCCGAAUACGGCCUAGAGCUCGCCUUGGUAGCCCCCUACUCCCUGCCGCCCAACCUACCGGACGGCCCAGUGCUCGGCUAUACGGCAGCGCGGGCCGUUUUUAACCAGGGUUGCCCGGCCAACAAGUGGCCGACGGUGGCAGCUGUCAUGGGUUUCCCGGAUGAGCUCAAGCGGCAGCUGCGGCUGGGCAACAAAAGGCCAGGGGAUUCCACGGUCGUAAUCUCGACUGCUCAUGGCUCAAGCACAAGGCUCCGUCUGAUGGAGUUGACGGCCAUCACGAAAGGAGUGUUCGGACCAGGCUCUAGUGAGACCGUCAUCGAUGCAGCAGCGAUCCUUAGCUUGCCCCUUUGUCAGGCUCCGCAACUCACCUAA